GAAGCAGUGAAGAGCAACAUAAAACACCAUCUCAAACACAUAAAACAGCCCUGUUUUUCCAUUCCUUUUUUCUUCUUCUUCCUUUGCUUAGAUAUCGCUCAGGCAUUUCAGGAUACUCAAGACACCUAGCAUGUCCUCUCUUAUCACCAAGUUAUUUUUUAUCAAAUCCAGCUCACAAGACCCCAACCACCAGAACUACAUCUCCAUGAUAUCUCAACAUAACCGCAGCGACAGGGUUCUCUGUACUGAAGAUCGCCACAAUGAAACCGGUGACAACCAAAAUCAAGAAAUCCACGCCAGUGACAACAAAAACGAUAAUGGCAUCUUUUAUAAGCCAAAAUUUGACAGCACUUUCACCUUUGAAUCCGAUUUAGAUCUAGACUCAGAUGGUGACACUAUUUAUGGCGAUUCAGAUGAAGCAUCCAACAAAGAAAUUCAAAUCAACGACAUUUCCUUCAAAAAUCUGAAUUCAAAGACAUUAUCGAUUUCAAUUCAACUAAACGACGAUAUUGAAAACCAACUAUUCGAAUUGACAAAUAACAACAAUUUUUUUAAAUUCCAAAAUCAUAACCAAAACCAAAACCAAAAUAAAAAUAAAAAUAAAAAUUCAUAUUUAAUUUCAAAUUUGAAAUCAAUCCUAAAUUCAAAUCAACCAUCUUUACAGAGAAAUCACUCUUUUUUAACCUCAGAUUUCUUUCAAAAUUUUGCUCUAUUCAUAUCAAUCAUGAUAUUCUUUAUAACAACAUAUUACUAUUGCAAUCCUCCUCGUAUUAACAUUUCUCUAUCCUGUCUUAUCGAGGCCUUUAAAAAAAACAAUUAUGAUGAGCAAAUGUUUAUUAUUCAAAAGCUAUCAGAGGUUGCUGAGUCUUCGAGAAAUGCUUGAUCUAGUUUCAUCUAAUGUCAUCUAAUUUCAUUCAGUUUCAUUCAGUUUCAUUCAUUUUCAUCCAAUUUAUUUAAAUUUAUAUUAAUCUUAUAUUAAUCUUAUCUUAUCUUAUUUUAUUUCUUUAUUUCUACUUCAGAUACUAUGAUGCUCAUGUUUAUGUUUAUGUUCCCUAGUUUGUUUACUCUACUGAUAAAUUUUUACAUCUUUCUCUCCACCUUUUCAUUUGUCUAUUUUUUGUCUCCUAUCUUAUUUUUAUCCUUCAUCUUUCACUUUCACUUUCACUUUCACUUUCACUUUCACUUUCACUUUCACUUUCACUUUCACUUUCA